CUCUCUAACUUGUCUUCAGGAAUAUUGUUUCCACUGUGAAUCUUGGUUGCAAACUUGACCUAAAAACUAUUGCGCUUCGAGCCCGAAAUGCUGAAUACAAUCCCAAGCGUUUUGCUGCUGUCAUCAUGAGAAUAAGAGAACCACGUACUACUGCACUUAUAUUCAGCUCUGGAAAAAUGGUGUGCACAGGGGCAAAAAGUGAGGAGCAGUCCAGAUUGGCAGCAAGGAAAUAUGCGAGAGUUGUUCAAAAAUUGGGCUUUCCAGCAAAAUUCUUGGAUUUCAAGAUUCAGAACAUGGUGGGAAGCUGUGAUGUGAAAUUUCCUAUCAGAUUAGAGGGACUGGUACUUACACAUCAACAGUUUAGCAGUUAUGAGCCAGAGUUGUUUCCUGGCUUAAUCUACCGAAUGAUCAAGCCAAGAAUUGUCCUACUUAUUUUUGUUUCUGGAAAGGUGGUUUUAACUGGUGCUAAAGUCAGAGCAGAAAUUUAUGAAGCAUUUGAAAAUAUAUAUCCUAUUUUAAAGGGAUUCAGAAAGACGACGUAACAGUUUUUACAUACUUCCAAAGAAAUUUUUGGGAUACAUUUCAAAAGGUAUUGGGUAUGGAUGGCACAGUAGUAACAAGAGAUGGACUUUCAGUUACAAACUGCAACACCAAGACUCAGUGUUUUCCAGUUAGUGCCUACUUCCCUGAUACUCAUGGGAAACUAUUAUUUUUAUGGAUUAUGUCUACUGAGUUACAGUGAAUUGCUUUAUUGAGCUGUUCUUGGAGCACCUCUUUCGAGUUUUAUUUAUAUUUUAGCUUUUGAUUGAUUUUAAUGUCAAUUCUUUUAGGCACCCACAAGUUGGUAAGUUGGUUUGAGAUAAAUGCAACCAUGCCACCCCAAAUGUAUAAACCACUUCAAUCGCUGUUUUAACUUUUUCAUAAAUGUUUUUAUAAUCUUACUUCAAAAGUUAUUUUUAAAAGUUUUGUUCUCCAUUUGUAGAGUUUUUUUUUUUUGCGCGAGACAUUCCCUUUUUCCAGUGUUCAGCAGGAUAGAAUAAAUUUAUUAAUGAAAAUGGCUGGCUGUAUAUAUUUUUCUUUUUUGGGAAACGAAUGUCGUUUUUCCAGCUCUGUGUAUUAAAUACUGUUUAUAAAACUCUAUGGGAAGACCCUUAAUGACUUUUAAAAAGUAACCCUGCUUGACCUUUGCUGCUGUUAAUGUGGUAAGUGCAUGCUGUAGAAAUAUGUAAUGUACUGAAUAUUUGAGUCUUUUAUAUAACUUUCUUAAUAACAAGCCAGUAUUAAAGCAGUGCAUUUGCCAUGUGAUUUUUGACCCUAUUUUCUUAAUCUGGUUUGGUUCUAAGCAGUUGGAUAUUUUAGACACCAGGAUUAACACUCUGAUUUCACUGGGUUUCUUGAAUAUUUUUACUUUUACAGUAUCUUCUCUUCUGCUUAGUGUUAAAGACUUAGUAUGAAGUCACUAAUCAGUUUAGGUCCAUGUUCUGUUUUAUCUGAAUGACAAUGAUUUGUGCAGACCAAAUAUAUAGCUACUGUUUGGCUGAAAAUGUGAAUUGAAAUCUUGCUUAAAUUAAGUGGUGAUGGUAAAGAUGUUCUGCUAAAUUCACGCCUAAAACCUUACCUCUUCAAUAGUUCUGAUCUGCUAAAAUCUUGUGUAAUGUCACAAUAGAGCUUUUGUUAUGAUUGCAGCAGUGCUAUUCAUAAACUGAUGUUUUUCUAAGUGCUUUGUUCCAGUGCAGUCUCAAAGCCCUCAUGUCCCAAAUUUCAGCAUAUAAAUAAUGAAACUUCCCUUUGCACUGCAGCUGGAGUUCAACAAGCUGAGGGGCUGAAGUUAGGAAGAUUCCAGCCUCCUCAGAGCUGAGAUGGCUCAAUGCAAUUGUGGUGGCGAUAACCCUUCCUGUCAAGCUUUCUGGGUGCCUUCAAAGGUUUAAAGAUAAAAUAGACAGGACACAAGAAUGACAGGCCUGGCUGAAUUCAUGUUUGCUCAGCUUAAUUAAGAGCCAACUUUUUAAACUAAACUAGAUAACUCUGAAACUGCUGUUUUCACAUAUGACCAGAAAAAAGGAACAAAAUUGUGAAGCUGCAGUUCUCUCCCAGAAUAUUGUUUCAAAAACAAGUAUGUGGGAAAUCUAAACUUAAGGUUGGCCAUGUCUCUCUCAUCCUCCCUUCCUCAAAGUUUUGUAUACUAUCUUUAGUAAGUAAUUUUUAAUUUUCACAUGUAUUUUGAGAAUGGUGGACAACCAACCACUACCUUAUU